GGACGCAGGUAUAAAAUGAGAUGGACUGACGCAGAGAGCCGUCCUGCGCUGAGGCACAAUGAAGGGGAAACUUUCUCUCAACAUGGUGACUGCUGCAACCACGAUGGGCUCAGUGAAAUCAGCUGGACUGUCUCUUCUUCUGUUGUCUUUUCUUCUUUACCUAGCUGAUUCCUACCCCAAUGUUGACUUAUCAAACAUGGGCUGUGAGGAAUGCACACUGAAAAAGAACAACGUUUUCUCAAGGGAUCGUCCGAUCUAUCAGUGCAUGGGCUGCUGCUUCUCCAGAGCCUUCCCUACACCACUCAAGGCCAUGAAGACAAUGACAAUCCCAAAGAACAUCACCUCAGAGGCAACGUGCUGUGUGGCAAAGCACAGCUAUGAGACGGAAGUGGCCGGCAUAAGGGUGAGAAACCAUACGGAUUGCCACUGCAGCACCUGCUAUUUUCACAAGAUAUGACAGAUGGGCGAG